AUGGACACGCAACCGGACGACGUAGCAUCUUUCCCUGAGGUCCCGGACUGGUGGGAAGAGCUACUGGAGGACGAGCCUGCUCACGGUCAGGCCGAUUCCGCGCCGACAGACGGAAACAGCGCUGAAAACAUAGAUCUCAUGGAGGUCGCCGACCCUGCACCAGAGUCGAGACUCAGCUCACUUGAGAAUUGGCGACCUCCGCGGCGCGACAUGACGCACCGCGAGGGUCGUCGCUACUCCCAGUUCAUCCUCCACGACAUCAAGAGCGAACUCCACGAAGGAGACACUUUGAUAUUCAUCGACUUCCCUGUACCUUCUAGACCAUCAGAGACCGUCGAUUGCUACUUCUACGCUUGGAAUUCGGUUCAGUUUCGCAUGCACUCCGAGAAGCUCUUGGGUACCGGCUCCUCCAAAUUUGCCGAGAUGCUGAACCCGACGUACCAGUUCCGCAUACAACGUCGACGAAAGCUCGUCAACAGACUCCCCGAGGGUAUCAAGUAUGUCUUGGACCUCACUCCCCCCUCCGAAGGGGACGAACUCGUCUUUCAGAUGACAGAGGUGUCAUUGACCCCGGGCAUUAUCAACUGGUGGACCGCUUACGACAAGCACGGUGUCGACGACUUUGUUGUAUCCGGCCACGACGAUAUUUGCUCUUGCUGGAGGGACAGCAAGCCGGACCAGGCCGACGGUCUCGACAUUACCGACGAAGAUGCUUCCGCAACCGAAGCCAGCCGUGACCCAACAAAAAGAGGUCCUGAGCUGGAUGCUGUCACCAAGUGGGCCAUUUCAGAGAGCCUACGCGAGACCGGGCCCUGGAAUGCGAGGCCUGAACAGCGAGGAUACACACCAACUAAAGGAUUGGCUUCUAAAGUCCUGGAGAAGAAAUCCAAGAGCGACUUCAGCCCUGAGCUGGGUCCUGCCUACCGCCAGAUACCCGACUACUGCCCGAUCCGCCACCGCGUCAACAUCCUUCGUCUCAUGUGUCUCAUCGCGGAAAAGCAGGUCCUUAUUGAUUCGGCGCCUCGAGUAUGGACUCUGGUGGCUGUAGCCAAAAUCCUGGACUGCCCCAGCGUGCUGCGCGAUUCCGUUCUACAGUGGAUGAUGAGUCCCAACAACACCGUAUUCCUCGAGGUAUUGCCAGAGGAAAGUCUGCAAAUCGGUGUCGCUUUGAAGUUGGAUGGAAUCACACGCUCGGCCUUCCGAAUCUUGGUCAACGAGCUGGCCCUCGAGGAGGCCGCUGGGCCUAACGGUACACCCAAGGCAGCCGCCUACACUGUUUUCGGGCGCAAGCGUCACGACCCUGGCGACGAUCUGAACAACCUCAUCCAACAUGCGGCCAGGGCUAUGGUCGAGCGUGUAUCACGGCGCGUCAACCAAUUGGUCAGCGAAACAAUAUAUGAUGACCUGCAAAUUGCCGAAUGGGAACGGCUGCAGAACCUCAUCAACAUGCUCUCCAGCUGCCCCAGCGACAUCGCCGAUGACCACCGCGCCACUUACGUGGAUGUUCGGCGUUUCAACCGUCUCGAGGUCGUGUACCACCAGUUCAACAACGUGCAAAAAGCAUUGUGUUCAUUCAUGUACGAGACUAUCAGCAACAAGUGGACUAAGAUUGCGCACUUUUUUUCUGAAUGCACUGUGCAGCCCAGCUUCGACCGUAUGGCCAGCGAGCUGUGUGUUGUCCUCAAAGCGUUUCUCAGAAAGCAUCCCGAGUUGGCUCGGGAUCCCGCCUGGAAAUCGCAACUCAGACUGCCGCACAACUCUCUCGUUAGACUUGACGCCGGGGCUAACAUCGAGUCCAUGUCUAACAGUGCGAACCACGCAUUCGAUACCCGGGCUUUUGAAGCGCCGUUGCAGGAUUUCCUCAGGCCCUUCUGCCAGGAAUGCUUCCGUGCCGACUUUGACAUUACGAUGCACUUAACGCCGCACCUGCUGCUUAACCUACACGAAAACGAAUUCAAGUUCCUGCCGCUCUGGGCUGGCGGCUACGACGACGGCACCGGCGGUGUUUUUGAACAUUCCCUGCCGCCUGCUGACUAUGGACCGGCGGGUCCGGGUCCGGCCUACCACACCGGCGUCACGAUUCCCUCGGACGCUUCCAGUACGGCAGCCUCGGUCAGCAGCGAGCUGAGGCAGCUUCGCUUGGAAGGGGGGAGUACGAUUGGUCCCGGCAGCGUCGAUGUCCAGGACAGUACCUCGACUGUUUUCCACCCGCACAAGGUUGUGGCCGAUGACCGGUCGGUCCGCACAGAGUCGUUCACGGAUGGAGAGUCGGAGUACGGCAACGCCAAGUACGCCGUUCCCGUUGAUGGCCAGUCCAUUGCUGACGCCAUCGGCGCUGUGGUCCUCGGAAACACGACUGACCAGUCGGAUUCCGGUACCAGCAUCGACUUUGGGACUGACGAUGACAUGGACGAGGUCAUGACGGAGAUUGGUCCGGAUGAGAGCCGCUCUCGCGAGGACACCCCCGAAUAUGUCGUCACAAGCUCCGAUACUCAGGCCAUGCUCACGUCUGGAGGCAAGCCGCCCUCUACGGCGCCAUCGACCAGGAGUGCUUCGUCCUCUUCUUUUCAAGACAGUGAUGAUGAUUUGGUCAUGGUCUAG